AUGUCUUCCGUUUCGCCGAAAACGGGUUUACCUGGCCUGCUCGAACCAGAAGUCGAGAGUUAUGUCGCCCACAAGAUCAAAAACACAAAGCUUCGCCCACCGAUUACUACCUGGCGCGAUUUAAUUGGAGAAAUCUAUUGGUUCCAUCUUAUCCUCCUCACGACUGUACCAACAAUCGGUUUAAUUGGGGCCUGGUACACCCCAUUGCGAUGGGAGACAGCCCUUUUUUCUGUGUUCUAUUACUUUUACACGGGAUUGGGAAUUACGGCGGGCUACCAUCGUCUAUGGGCGCAUCGAUGCUAUAAUGCUACCCCAUUCCUCAAGGUUGUUCUUGCGCUCGGCGGUGUCGGAGCGGUCCAAGGGUCCAUUAAGUGGUGGUCCAGAGGACACCGUGCCCACCACAGGUUCACCGACACAAAACUCGAUCCUUACGACGCCACCCAGGGCUUUUUAUACAGCCACAUUGGCUGGCUCAUUGUGAAACCCAGACUUCGUCCUGGAACAGCAGACGUCAGCGAUCUUUCCAAGGACCCGAUAGUUCGCUGGCAACACAGAUACUAUUUCUUGCUCCUUCUCACGAUGGGCUUUGUGGUUCCAACCGUCAUUCCCUGGCUCGCGUGGGGUGAUUUACGAGGCGGCUAUGUCUAUGCUGCUAUUCUGCGCCUGACAUUCGUACACCACUCGACAUUUUGUGUGAAUUCUCUAGCCCACUGGCUUGGGGACUCGCCUUACGACGACAAGCAUACACCGCGAAAUCACUUGAUAACUGCAUUUGCGACGAUUGGCGAAGGAUACCACAACUUUCACCACCAGUUCCCCAUGGAUUACCGGAACGCCAUUCGAUGGUAUCAGUAUGACCCCACUAAGUGGUUUAUCUGGGUGUGCAAGCAGCUGCGAUUAGCUUCGCAUCUCAAGACUUUUUCUGACAAUGAAAUUCGCAAAGGCGAACUCACGAUUCAAUUAAAACGUUUGCGCGAGCAACAAGACCAACUCGUAUGGCCACGCGAUGGUCACGACCUACCUGUCGUGGACUGGGAGACAUACCAAAAGCUAUCUGCGGAGCGUCCUUUGAUUCUCAUUUCGGGCCUUAUCCAUGACGUGUCCACGUUCAUCGAAGAACAUCCCGGCGGUGCCCCAAUCGUUGCGAAAUAUAUCGGAAAGGAUGCCACAACAGCGUUUUUCGGUGGCGUUUACGACCAUUCUAAUGCUGCCCACAAUCUGCUUGCCAUGAAGAGAGUUGGUAUUUUGCAUGGUGGAAUGCCACAUGGAGUUGAUGAUAAGGUCAUCCCCCCAUCCCAACGCCUCUGGGUUGCUCGAUAUACUGAGCUGGGUUCAAGCUCGGCUUAUUCUGACAGCGAGGCAGGCAUGCCGCAGUAA